GUUGUGAUGGUUUUCCUUCGCGGUUUUCCUUCGCUUCUUCUUCUUCUGCUCCUGCUUGCUUUUGUGCAACGUUCUGUCGCCAUCACACACCUCCAACGGCGUCACACACCCCAUUUAUCACCUGCACCUCGUUCGUGUCACAACCUUCUGUUGCACACACACACAAGCUACGCCAAGCCAAGCUACGCCAAGCCAAAUCAAGCAGCCGAUUCCCACCCAAGCAAGCCAAGCGACCACCUCUUUUUGACCUUCCCAAGCAUCAUCACGCCAACACACACAAGCGACCAUGUCUGUGUCAUCGGGAUCUCUCAACCCUGUCCUGAACCGCGAGUUUGAUGAGCUCGACCAGCAGGGACGCAUCUGCGCCGAGUACAUCUGGAUUGGCGGCACUGGCCGCGAUCUUCGCAGCAAAACCAAGGUGAUAGACAAGAUGCCAGAAAGCCCGGAUGACCUGCCCGAGUGGAACUUUGACGGCUCAUCGACAGGGCAGGCGCCCGGCCACGAUUCUGAGGUGCUGCUCAAGCCGGAGAGCAUCUUCCGGGACCCUUUCCGCCGCGGUGACAACAUCCUCGUGCUGUGCUCCACGUGGCGCCCCAAGGACGACGGCAGCACGGUGCCGCUCGUGGUGGAGGAGGACCUCACCAAGGUGGCCGGCGUCUCCGGCAACAACACACGCGAGGCCGCCAAGGAGAUUUUCGAGCACCCAAAGGUCAAGGAGCAGGAGAUGUGGUUUGGCAUUGAGCAGGAGUACACGCUGUUUGAGCGGGACGGCGUGACGCCGCUCGGCUGGCCCAAGGGCGGCUUCCCCCGGCCGCAGGGCCCGUACUACUGCUCCAACGGCGCGGAGAACUCGUUUGGCCGCGACAUUGCCGACUGCCACCUGCGCGCGUGCAUGUACGCGGGCGUCAAGGUGUCUGGCACCAACGGGGAGGUGAUGCCUGGCCAGUGGGAGUACCAGGUUGGCCCCUGCGAGGGCAUUGAGAGCGGCGACCACCUGACGCUGUCCCGCUACCUCAUGUACCGCGUGUGCGAGAAGUUUUCGAUUGUGGUGUCGUUUGAGCCCAAGCCGAUGGCUGGCGACUGGAACGGCGCCGGCUGCCACACCAACUUCUCCACCAAGGACAUGCGCGACCCCGCGACGGUGCACGAGUACACGCCCAAGGACGGGCCGUACAAGGGCGAGAAGCUGACGGGCGCGUGGGCAAAGAUGAUUGAGGCGCUGGAGAAGAUGGGCAGCAAGUCGGCCGAGCACCUUGCGCUGUAUGGCGCAGACAACCACCUCCGCCUCACGGGCAAGCACGAGACCGCGGACAUGCACACGUGGUCGUAUGGCGUGGCCAACCGCGGCGCAUCUGUGCGCAUCCCGAGGGAAACGCACAAGAAGAAGUACGGCUAUCUUGAGGACCGUCGGCCCGCCAGCAACAUGGACCCGUAUGUCGUCACCUCGCUCCUCGCCAAGACCAUUCUCCUGGACGAGUGAAGACGGAGACGAAGAGUGAUAGAUAAAGUGUGAAGUGAGGGCAGGAGGGACAGGGGAAGGUGGCGUGUUGUCUCCGGCGGAAAGGGGGGGGGGUUGUUUGUUGUUGUUUGUUGUUGUUUGUUGUUGUUUGUUUAGUAGUUUUGUUACUGUGUGAUGAAUGGGUGCGCGGUGCUUUUGUGUGUAAUAUGCUGUGCGCAAGCUGCCCUUUCGUACGUACUUGUGUGUGUGUGUGUGUGUGUGUGUGUGUGUGUGUGUGUGUGUGUGUGUGUCGUCGCUGCCGGUGCACACGCCCAUUGUUCCUUCCUCUUCGCAUUCCUCCUUUUGAUUGUCGCUGUCUUGUGUCGUCCUUACCUUGGUCCUUUCCUUUCCUUCCACUUGUCGUUCUUCUGUGUUGGUGCUGGCAUGAGGAGGUCUUCGUGCCACAUCCCAUCAUGCUCUUGCCAACACGUUUCCUGUCUGUUCCCGUUGAUUCCGGUCGUAACAGUGCAUCCAUCCUGCGUCAUCGCUCCUGCGAAGCAAGCGCAUGUGGCGUGUCUGUGUGCGUGCGCGUGCGCGUGCGCGCUUCGUGCCAUGUGCCGUGUGCUGUGUUAUCUGCUAAUUCCCUCCUGAUUGCCUUAAGGCGCGGGUGUGGCUGAUGAUGAUGAUGAUGAUGAUGACGGUGUGUAUGAAUGAAUUGUGUGUGCAUAUGCCUUUCUUCAUACCACGCCACGUGCCGUGUAUGCCAUUGCAGCUUGAAGCCGUGGUGGACACACGUGCCUUAAAGAUGCUUGCAUGCACCAUGCUAAUAGAAGUGUCUCUAAAAGUGUGAUACAGCCAACCACAG